UCUUUUCGCUGACCAUGUACAACCGACUCGUUUAUCGCUCCUCUCUGUGGUGCGCGGUCACACUUCUUCAUUGCCAAAAAGAGAAGCGCGUGGUUUAGCCGCACAGAAUUUGCAUAUUAAUAACGCAAUUGAAGCAAUUAUAAAUAUAUACAAAAUCAAAUAUUUGGUUUAGAGUUGAAAGUGCGUAAUCAAAUCAUAUCGGUAAAUUGGCCAGCACAGCAGAACGAGCUAGUGUCCAACGCUUGCCGCGUGGAGCUCUCGAAACAUGUGGAAUGCGAAUGGGAAUGGAAAUGCUGCAGCGCAGGAGGAAGACGAUGCCGAAAUGCUCAAUGCACCGACCCGAAAUGAUGCAUCACUCGACAAUAUCGUGUUUGCAGCUGCUUAUCAAAGCGACGACAGCUUGAAUGAUACAUUAGACCAAGCUGGUCAAGAGGAAACCGAGGCUGAUGCAAACAGCAUGGAAAAUUCACCUGAUGAGGCAGCAGAAAUUGAUGCUGAAACUGAUGCUGAUGGUGAUGGUGAUGGUGAGGGAGAUGGUGAUGGUGAGGGAGAUGGUAAUGGAGAUGGUGAUGGUGAUGGUGAUGGUGAUGGAGAUGGAGACGGCGAUGGUGAGGGGGACGGCGACGGCGACGAAGAAGCUUCCGAAGAUGGCCAAGAAGGUGGCAACGGCAAUGCUGAGGAUGAUCCAGCAGCGGACAGGCGCACGGCCACGAAAAAAGAGCUCACACAAAUCAUUGACAAGUGGGAGCAAGAACAAACACAAGCCGGCUACGACCCCGUGCCGACGCUAAGAAGUCUGGCCGAGAUAUUUGAACGCGAAAAGGACUCAUACAUGCGUAAGGAUCCGGAUCCUCUGGACUUAAGGCACCCGUAUCGCACCGAUCCCAGCUGCCAAUAUGGACUGUUGCUGAAGCUGCUCUUUCGCAAGGAUCUGUUUAUGGGCAAACUUCUUAACGAUUAUCUGCGAGACAACUACUUCAGUCGGCAGAGCAUAAGUCGCAGCUCCCUGGAGUUGAAUAUUAUUGCCUGUCGGCUCAUAUUGGUCGUGAUGCCGGGUCUUGAGACGACAGCCGUAUUCCAGACCGCCGAGGAAGAUGGCAUAAUUAAUCGGCUUUACAAUUGGGCAGAGGACAGCAUUGAGCCGCUGCAGAGCUAUGCCACAGGCCUACUGGCCGCUGCUAUGGAAGUAAGCGAUAUAGCGAUUACCUGUCGGGAGCAGAACAUGCGCCUGGUGCCAAAAAUGAUAAACCGGCUGCAUCUGUUACUGGCAUGCAGUCGAAUGAGCAAGAGCAGCACAACAGAACCGAGCUCUUCGCUCAACAACUCCACGGACAGCAAUAUGUCGCCGGGCAUGCUCAGCUGGAUGGCAUGCGGUGGCGCUGCGUCGGCCCCUCAGUCGCCGCAGCAUAACGGCGCCAGCGGCAGUGCCUCCAACAUGUCCAUUUUGUUUGAGAACAGUCGCGAUGCGUUCUCCAUGUCGCGCUAUUACAAGCGCAUGUAUAUACCACUGCAUCCGCCCACGGCAGACACCAGCCAAAUGCUCAUCAUGCGCUUCCUGACCAGCUUGGGCGAAUACCAAGAGUUCUUGGCCAUGGCUUUUGGCAACAAUGUGAUGACGCUGAUCUUUGGACAUCUAGAGGAGCUUGACAGACGAGACACCUGCCUCGCCUACGAAGUGCUCAAAUAUCUGGCCUCGUUGCUCUGCCACAAAAAAUUUGCACUGGAGUUCAUAUCGCGCGGCGGCCUGGAGCUGCUAUUGAAUGUGCCACGACCCAGUUUGGCCACCACGGGCGUCUCCAUUGCCAUUUACUAUUUGGCAUACUGUGAGGAUGCUAUGGAAAGGAUUUGCAACAUGCCGCGUCCGUUAAUAUCGAAUCUAGUGCGAUAUGCGCUGUGGAUACUGGGCCGCUGUCAUGAUUCCUCCAAGUGUCAUGCCACCAUGUUCUUCAGCUUGAGUUUCCAAUUUAAGGCGAUACUCGAUGAGUUCGACGCACAAGAUGGCCUACGCAAGCUCUAUAAUGUUAUAUCGGUACUUAAGAUUCUCGAUCCCAGUCAUAACGACAGCGAUAAUGGCUCUGAAAUCAAUGAGGAUGUCGAGUGCGCCUCGCGUCAGAUGGUGCGACACGUGUGCAUCGCAUUGAAGCGCUACAUGGAAGCGCAUUUCUUCUACAAGUACAACAACUUUCUGUGUCAGCACUAUGCGAGCUCAUCGGCCUCAUCAUCGCACUACUUUAGCCAACAGCCAACGAUGGCCGCCAAGCUGACAUUCGACCAGUUGCACGAGCAGAUACGUACGCUGCAGGAGCACACCUCGGUGCGCGCUCAUUGGGAGCCCGUGGAUCAGCUAAUGAAGCUGGGCGGCAUUACGAUGCUCCUGCGCAUUAUUGCCUUCAGCUACGAUUGGGUAAACAAUGGACGCUCGGAGACGGUGCGCUCGGCCCUGGAUGUGCUUAGCGUGUGCUGUGUGAUACCGCGAGUAUAUCUGGUGCUCUGUGAGCGAAUACAAAUGCCGGACAAGACGACAACGUCUGGUUUCUGUUCAGUGCUGGGCGCAGCGGCCGGCGAGAUCACAGCCGACGCUGAGGUGCUGAAAUCAGCUCUGGCCGUGCUCUGCCAUUGCGUAUGCUCACCUAUCAUACGAAAAGACAGCAGCAGCAGCAGCCUCCUGAAGUUUGGCAACUCGUCGCGUAAGAACAAAGCCAAUCAGAAAUAUGCCGAAGAGCUGAUCGAGAAGGUGUGGGAGUCGGUGUGCUCAAACAAUGGCAUUGUGGUGCUCCUCUCACUGAUGCAAACCAAAGGACCCAUCACCGAUGCCGACUGCAUACGCGGCAUGGCAUGUCGCGCUCUAGCCGGGCUGGCCCGCUCUGAUCGUGUACGGCAAAUCAUUAGCAAACUGCCACUGUUUGCCAGCGGGCAACUGCAGGCUCUCAUGCGUGAUCCCAUACUGCAGGAGAAGCGAGCCGAACAUGUCAUCUUCCAGAAGUACGCAUUGGAGCUGCUCGAGCGCAUCUCCGGCAAGACAAAAACGAAGGCACUGACACCGCUCGAUCCGUCGCUCACCAACAUGCACAAGGCGAAUGUGAUUGCCCAGACCCGCAUUCAAUACAACGAACAGCAGCUCUACCAGCUCAUUUUUGAGCACCUGGAGAGCAAGGGCCUCACACAAACUGCUCAGAUGCUGCAGCGCGAGGUGGGUCUGCCCUUGCAAACGACGACGACGCGCAGCUUUCAUCAGUCACCCUUCGACUUCAAGGGUUUAUCUGGCAUCAGCUCAAUGUCGCGCAGUCGCCUGCGAAGCCGAAUGGCCGAUGUCUCUGCGGCUAUCAUGUCCAGUGGCGACCAGAGUCGCAGUCUGUCAGAGGAUGCGUCGCCGCAUUGCAGCAAUGGCGCCGGCACGUCGGGUAUGGCCAAUGGAUCUAAUGCAGUGGGCGUUCCUGGAUUCAGUCAUCUGAGCGCGCAAACACCCAUUAAACUGCGCAAGACGGAGCGUGCCACAUCCUCGGUAACACGUUCGCUUCAGAAACAAAUCAGCUUGGUCAAUCCGGAGGCAAGCGCUGUGGGACUGCCGGAUGAGUUGACUGUCUCUCCGGCUCUGCAUCCGAAGCGCGUGACACUCAAUAGCAUUGUGACAGAGUAUCUGACGAAUCAGCACUCGCUGUGCAACAACCCGGUCACCACCUGCCCACAGUUCGACCUAUAUGAGCCGCACAAGUGCCCAGAUCCACGGCCCAGCCGUCAGGUCAGCUCCAACUAUAAUUUGACCUCCCGGUUUUUCCGCACCCAAGCAGGCUUCAAUACGGCACGCUACGAUCGCCGACAUGUCCACACACAUUUUGCGCCCUGGCGUACAAUGCGGUCUGCGGACUAUGAUGAUCUGGAGUUCACGUGUUGUGAUGUGGUGGGCAAUUACCUAAUCGUUGGCACACAUCAGGGCGAGAGCAAGGUGUUCAAUAUGAACGAUGGCGUCGAACAGUUCUCCUCCAUAUGCCACACAUACGGCGUGGAUGCUAUACAGGCGAAUCGUGCCGGUGAUCUCGUUCUAACCACCAGCCUGUGGCGUUUGCGCACCACCAUUUUGUGGUCCAUUACGGACAACGAGUUCCGGUCCAAGCUGCGUCUGCCCGAGGUCGGAUACUGUGAGUUCAGUCAGACCACACAGGAUCGUUUACUGGGAACCCACACAGAUUGCGCCGUUCUGUAUGACAUCAACACGGGCUCCAAGGUGUCCACAUUUACACCCACCAUACCCAAUCAAUACACCAAAAAUAGAGCGACGCUGUGCCGCACUGACGAGCUGCUGCUCUCAGAUGGCGUGCUCUGGGAUGUUCGCUCCGGCAAGGAGAUUCAUAAGUUUGACAAGUUCAAUCAAUGCAUCUCGGGCGUAUUUCAUCCGAAUUGCCUAGAGAUUAUUGCAAAUACGGAGGUGUGGGAUCUGCGCACGUUUCAUCUGCUCCAGACUGUGCCGGUGCUGGAUCAGCGUAACUGCACAUUUUCGCCCAUGCAUGUGAUUUAUGGCGCCAGCUUGGGUGCCGAUCGGGAUCAUGACAUGGAGACAACUACCUACGAUACGAGCUUUAAUGUUUUGGAUGCUUACGACUAUUCGAGCAUUGCAACCAUCGACGUGAAGCGUAAUAUCAACGAUCUGAGCGUCAGUGCGAACGGCAGCCUUAUUGCUGUUGUGGAGGAUCACAGCGGCUAUGAUUCGAAGCAGGAGACCUACGUGAAGAUCUAUGCCGUUGGUGUUAAAAAGAGCGAGCGUUCGGAAGAGGAAGAUGAUGAGGAGGUGCCCGAAUCUAAUGAGGAGGGCUCCGAGACGGGCUCCGAUACGGGCUCUGAAAAUGCUUUUCCAUUAGGUCCAACUUUCCUCGGUUUCCCGCUACGCAGCCAUCGCAAUCGCAAUUUUAUUGAUAUUGAUUCCUCCAGCGAUGAUGAUGACAACGAUACUGAUCUAGAGGAUGGUGACGAUGACGAUGACGACGAUCUUGAAAUGAUUGAAUUCGAAAUGGGCGAGUAAGCCGCCCAGUCCAGAUAUAGAAAAUCAAUUAUAUAUCGCUGCCUUGGCCGAGAGAGGUCUCUGUUACUCGUGUACGUCGGGCUCACUAUUAUCCCCCUCUAUAGAAAAGAAGCUAUAUCAUCGCUAAGUUUUGUUAGCUGUUAUAUUAUAUAUUGUUUGUACAAAUUAACGUGUAAAAAUUCUCGAAGAAAAAA